AUGUCACUUUCACAGCAAAUCCUCAACGCUCUGGAGGCUGCCUCGAGCCCAUCUCAGGAUGUUCGGCAGCAAGGUGAGACCCUUCUCGCGCAGCUGAAGGCGGAUCCACUGGCCUUUUUCUCCUCCUGUGCUGAAAUUUUGGUCUCCCCCACCGCCAACGCGUACGGCCGCCAGCUUUGUGGGUUUCAAAUCAAAAACGCGCUGCUCCACCCCGCCUGUGCGGGGAAUGCAACCCUGCAGCAGUACGUGUGCACGCAGGCGAUUACGGAUCCGCUGCGGGGCAUUCGCAAGGUGGCAUCCUCCAUCAUCAGCCUCGCCGCGCGCGAGAACGUGUGGUCGGUGGAGGUGGUCGUGCCGAGCCUCUGCGGGAUUCUCGCGCAGCGGGGUGGGGAGUUGCCCGCGGUGCACGGCGCGAUCCGCGCGCUCUCGCAGGUUGUCGACGACUGCAUUUUACUCAUCGAAGCGCGGCGGAUGAUUCCCGCGAUCCUGCAGACGACGCAGCCCUUCCUCGCGGCCACCCACCUCGGCGUUGAGGUGGACGCGGUGGAGGUCCGCGCGAAGGCGCUCGACAUCGUCGCCAGCUUCCUCGAGCGCGCCGGGAUGGACUUCGACGGGUACGCCCACCUCAGUCUGCGGGAGGCCGUCCUCCCGCUCAUUCAGGUCUUUUUCGGGAAUCUAGAACGCCCGCUGUCGAACACGAUCGCGACGAAGUGCAUCACCUGCCUCGUCCUCUCCCUCACCUUCCACGAGGGCAUCGACGACGCGUUGUUCGGCCGGAUGCUUCGCCUGAUUCAGGAGGCGAUGGGGGCGCCGGAAGGCCCGGAGGAGCAGCUCCGCAUCGCCGCGACGGAGUUCUGGCGUGGGGUGCUGCACUUCCCGCGUUUCGCGGAACUCGCGGAGCCCGCGAUCGAGAAGCUGAUUCCGGUUCUCAUUCGGGCGAUGGUGUAUUCGGAUAUGGAGAUGAGCAUGCUGCAGGCGAACCCGUCCGACUGGAACGUGCCGGAUAAGCUGGACGACAUCCGGCCGCGGCAGUACCAGGCGCGCGUGCAGAACACCAACCCGGACGACGACGACGACGACCAAGGGGACGAGGACGAGAUCGAGGAGUGGAAUCUUCGCCGGGUUGCCGCCCUGACGCUGGAUAACAUUAGCGAGUAUUUUGGAGAUCGGGUGCUGAUGCCGGUGCUCGUCGAGAUCGAUCGCAUGAUGCAGCCGCAGGAGCCGUGGAAGCAUAUCGAGGCCGCCGUGCUCGCGCUCGGGGCGAUCUGCGAUGGCUGCUUCGAUGCCCUCGCGCCGUACCUCCCGAGCAUCUCCGACCGUCUGCUGGAGUUGCUGGAGUCGUCGGAGACGCAUUUCCUUGUGGUGAAUAUCGCGCUUUGGACGGGAACACAGGUGGGGCGUUAUCUCGCGCAGGAACCCGGGCGGCUGACGCGCUUCAUGCGAGCGGUGCUUCGCCAGAUGCAGAGCCCCUCUAAGCUCACGCAGGAGAGCGCGACGAGCGCGUUGGCGACGAUGUCGGAGCUAUGCACGGAAGGCCAGCUCGAUCCGAUGAUUGAGGAGAUCGUGCUCUGCAUCGCGCAGUGUGCGCGGGGGUUUCAGCUUAAGAAUUGCGUCCUCCUCUUUGAAACGCUUAAGACCUUCUGCGAGUGCGCGGGCGACGCGCUGCGGGGGAACGCGGCCGCCCUUGAACCCCUCAUGGCGCUCCUCGGGGAGGUCUGGGCGAGCACCGCCAACGACAGCCCGCUCAUUCUUUCCUUCUUCGAGAGUAUGGCGAGCGUGUGUCGGGUGCUCGGACCGGUGAUGCAGCCCAUGGCGGGGGAGAUCUUCCGUCGGGCCUAUGGCAUGUUAGCGCACCACACCCAGCUCCGCCUGGCGGCCCCAGAGGAGGCGCCGGAGCCGGAAUUUUUGAUCACCGCCGCGGAUUUGCUCUCCGGGCUCUUCGACGCGCUCGGGGCGAGCCUUGAGCCGCUGCUCUCGGCGCAGCAGCCCACCUUCAUGCAGGUCGUUCUGCCACUUCUGAUGGAUGAGCAGCACGAGAUCCGGCAGAGCGGCUUCGCGCUGCUCGGCGACGUUGCGCGGGCGUGCCCAACGCAGGUGCAGGCCGCGCUCGACGCCGUCUGCGGCGCGGCACGCGCGAACCUGGAGGUGCUCAAUGAAAGCACCUCCAGCAUUAUCAGCAACGUCGCCUGGGCGCUGUGUAAUUUGUUGGAGAAGGAGCUGGAUAUCAACCACCUCCCCACCCUCGCCGCCUCCUCGGCGCUCCCACAGUUGUACCUGAGCCUCGCACAGCUUUUUAGCGGUCCGGAUAUUAGCGCGGAGAUGCGGAAUAUGGCCGAAAAUGUCGCGCUUUGUUUGGGAAUGAUGCUUUACGCGGACCCCGAUCUCGGUCUUAACGUCAGCUUCCCGAUCGACUCCAUCGCGAAGCGUUUUUGCGAGUACGUCCGGAACAUCAAGCCGCUUCCGCAUAGAACCAUCGCGGUGAACGGCUUCCUGCUCGCCGUGCAGCGCCAGGGAGGACGGGUGGUCGUUGGAAACCUAAAACUCUUUUUUGACUUGGCGUAUGCCUUGACUACCGAAAUGGCGGAUACUCAGCGCGCUAUCAAGCAGCUACUCACACAGGUCAAGGAAAGGGAGCCGGCCGUUUGGCAACGCGCUCUGAAUCUUUGCGAUCAGCCGACGCGUAUGAAGUUGUAUGAAAUUUAUGGAAUAAAUUAA